AUGGUGUCGAGCGUGUCAGUAUUGGGCGCUGGGCCGGCCGGAUUCGCUCUGGCCGCAGACCUUCAGAACCGUGGGACGAAUGCGCUGCUGUACUCUCACCGGACUCACUUACGGCACGCCAAAGCCGUGAUGAAGACGGGCCGUCUCCAGCUGAGCUGCGCAAUGGAGGGCUUCACGAACUUGCGCCUCACCACCGACAUAGCCGAGGCUGUGGCCUUCUCAAGGUUUCUUAUCCUAACCGUGCCGUCCACUGGUCAGUUGACGAUCCUGGACGACCUGAGGCAUCACGACUUGCAGCGUCAUAUCAUAAUCGCCAUCCCGGGCAACCUGUUCUCGCUGCUCAAAGACGUCAACAUCGAAGCAGAAAAUAUUCUAGAGACCAACCUGUCGCCGUACUCGUGCCGCAUGGAAGACGGCAACCUGCUUGUCUUCGGCCGUAAAAGCGUCGUCUUCAUCGCGGCGCGGCGAAACAUCGGCGUCCAACCAGGCUUCUACGAGGAAAUUCAGAGCAUCUUUCCCACGAAGCUCCGAUGGUGCGACAACGUAGUCGAGGUUUGCUUAUCCAAUGUCAACGGCGUAUUCCACCCACUGAUGAUGCUGAUGAAUGCGGGCCGCAUCGAGGAUACCGCUGGCGACUUCCUGCUCUAUCGCGACGGCCUGACAAGAUCCGUCGCCAACGCCAUGCUGGCCAUCGACCGCGUGCGUAUGGAAGUCGGCGCCAAGUUCGGUCUGCCCACUAUGAGCGCCGUUGACAUUUCCAACGAAUGCUACGGCCAGGCCUUCUCUGACCUGGUUGACUUGGCCCGCAAUUCGCCGCCACACAACAAACUGCGCGCUCCGGCCGACAUUGAGAACCGCAACAUCUCGGAGGACGUUGCCGACCUACUGGUGUGCUGGCAUGGCCUAGCAGAGAAGGUCGGCGUCGAUGCCUCGCCUAUUGCCGCCGUCAUUAUUCUUGCCGAGAUGGCCACAGGGAUCGAGUUCAGAAAAACGGGGAGGAACCUCAGGAAGCUUCACCUCGACGGCGUCGGGCACGGCGAGCUCAUCAAUAUGUUCAGUCCAUACUUGACAUCACAAAACGAAGCUCGGCUUUAG